AUUAUAUAAAGAAUGAGCACCCCUGGACCCUAGCAUGAAAUUCAUUCGCGUUUCAAACACUUGCGACUGUUGACCGACGAUUCAAUUUUAAUUUUUCAGGAGAUUCAAACAUGAGUUUAUCAAGUGCAUCCAUUUCAGCGAGAAACUCUUACUCUAGAGCUUUAUCCCCCAUGGUCGCGACAUCCAUUCUCUUUGGACCAGGAGAGCGGCUCUAUUCAAAAGUUCACUCUUGGCUGGGAGGACUUAUUUUCAUUUGUUUGCUCGGAGGAAUGACAUUUGUGGCCGGUCUGGGAGUCUUUGUGCGGUCAUCUGUCGAUACAUGGAUACAGUUUUCGCUUUACAUCGUACCCCUGAUUGCACUGAUCGCUGGAUUUCGCGUGUACACGUCCUCAGCCUUCAACAAGUUACUGCGAAGGAAGCUAUCUAAAAAAUCCAUGGUAACCGGCUUUCUAGAGUCUGAUCAGGGAAUUCCGUGGCACGAGACACAAAGAGCAUCUUGGCUGAGGAAAAGUGCCUUGAAAAACUGCAUCUAUCCAUUCGUCCUAGAAAUUUAUCAAUGGACUGCUUAUGCGAUUUUUCACACGAAAUUUCAAGGGGACAAAUUUGCAGGUUCUUGGAAGGAGUGCAACUUUAUCCUGUUCGAAAUUGACGCUGUGACCUGGCGCGUACUGUAUUGUUUCUUCUGGGCAAUGGCUAUGUAUAUCACUGGAUUUGUAGCCUACUCUUUCAUUCUGAUCUGCCGACUGACAGUGCGGGAUGUGAUCAGUUUCAUGUGCAGGUUUGGAGACAGUCCAUUUCUGUUGUAUCGGCCCUCGGGAAACCAAACUCCUGUUUGGAGAAAGCUCGGCUUCUUGAAAAAAGUAAUAAAUGGCCUGAGUGGAUUUGUUUCGAUGGAUUUUUUUCAGACUAAGAAAGACAUUGUUUUAGUCUAUGAACAGGAAAUUCCAUUAUUGGAUGAAAUUCAGGUAAGCGCUGAUCCCGGCAUUCUUGAGGAGGGCAACUGGGAUGCGGUGACAACACAGGAUUUUGAUAGUUUCUCCGCAGAGUCAGCUGAGUUCUCCAAAUCAAUAGAAGGGCGGAUAAAUGUACCAAAACGACCACAAAUUUCGGCAGCAGAUGCCAGUAAACUUCUUGCAGACGUGUUAUACAGAAUCGACGCCCUCGCUACCCUUUUCCAGCCGUUCAUUGUACUGCUUCUUUUCUUUUCCGUGGUCAGUCUCGUUACCCAUGUUGCGGCUAUUGUUCACCUCGAUCCCAAUUUUCCGUCUUCCCACUGGUGGACUUUCCUCAAAACGUGCAUAUGGUUUCUCCUGUCCUUACGCCUCCUGUAUAGCUCUGCAGAGAUCACCAGAACUUUUUCAAACGUCUCACAACAUCUCAUUUAUGUGUGGUCCGUCGGUCAGUUACAAGGCGAUAAAGAAGAUUGGCAGAGAUUUUUCAAGCUGGUGAAGUCUUUCCAACUGGGUACCAAGACAUACGGGUUUCCACUUACUCUGAAACAAGCGGCGUCCAUCGCAACUUUUAUCAACUUUGCUCUGAUCAUGGUGCUGGCAAUCCUGAAGCCAUCAGUACACUUCUCAGCCAAUGGAAACUAGUAUUUUAUAACUUUACCUCAGUGAACUCUACAAUGAUUUAUUUUG